AUGGGUCUGCUUAUGGAGACUUCAUGGGACCUUUCAAAGCCCCUCAAACGGGCACAACUACAUUUUGGUGCUGUGGACUAUGUGUCCAAAUGGAUUGAAGCCAUUCCCUGCCCAGCCUGUGAUGCCAAGGUUGUUAUCAAACUGUUCAGAACCAUCAUCUUUCCAAGAUAUGGCAUCCCAAGGGUUGUUAUUUCGGAUGGAGGUUCCCAUUUCAUCAACAAGGUGUUUGAGAAGUUGAUGAAGAGUUAUGGAGUCAAGCACAAGGUGCCACGCCCUACCACCCUCAAACCAGUGGGCAAGUUGAGGUCUCCAACAGACAGAAAGGCCAUAUUGAGAAGACUGAUUGCCACUUACCUGUGGAGGUCGAAUACAAGGCUAUGGGCAGUAAAGAUGCUGAACUUUGAUAUAAAGGCAGCACAAGAAAGGAGAGUAAUGAACUUGUUUGAGUUGGAGGAAAUCAGAAUGAAUGCCUAUGAGAACUCCAUGAUCUAUAACAAGAUGAGAACCAAGGCAGCCCACGACAAACUGAUUCGCCUUAAGACUUCAAGGUUGGGGACAGUGUGCUCUUGUUUAACUCCAAGCUAA